AUGGACUCGAUGGUGGACCAACAGAGCCAGCAGCCGUUGGAGGGCCAAGACCGAGAUGCCCGCGGUGGAAACGAGGUCAAUGCCCGAAGUGGGGAAUUCACUUUCAACUGCCCCUCGACGACUGACUUGAGGGCGACAGACGGUCUUCCCUUGGGAGCUAAUUCUCAGGCUCAGUCUGCGGCCAGAUCGGCCUCUUCAGCAGAACAUGCCUCAUCAGCGACGUCGAGUUUCAUCCAGGUCGAGGAUUGGGACGAUUCGGCUUCGUUGACGGAUAGUGUGCAGACGUUUCCCGAAGAGUUUGGUCGCACCUAUCAUGCUUAUCGUGCUGGAUCAUAUCUGUUCCCUAAUGACAAUACAGAGCAAGAGAGACUCGGAAUUAUGGGCGAGUGCUAUAAGAUGAUUAUGAAAGGCAAGCUGUACCUGGCACCGCUCUCUACUAGAAGGCCACCAAAGAAUAUUCUCGAUAUCGCCACAGGGAUAGGCGACUGGGCUAUUCAGAUGGGUGAUAUCUUCCCCAACGCUACAAUUAUCGGCACAGACCUGUCUCCCAUUCAACCAAACGACGUGCCUCCAAAUGUCUACUUCUACGUCGAGGACUCCACUUCUGGAUGCUGGUCCGACUUUGAGACGCAGAUAGCCCAGCAAGCCUUCAAUGCGCUUGAGCCCGGCGGCUGGUUUGAGUCGCAAGAGACGGACUGCAUUCCCCUGUGCGACGACGACACACUUGAUCCUCAAGGCCCGGUUGCGACAUGGUGCAAUGACUUGAUAGCGGCGGCGGAUAAGCUAGAGCGUCCGGCCAUCUUUGGCGAAAAGCUCAAAGAGAUCUACGAGCGGGUUGGCUUUGUGGAUGUCCACCAACGCAUCAUCAAGAUGCCUAUCAACGGCUGGGCCAAGGACUCACGGCUCAAGCAGGUAGGGUGGAUGUGGGCUGAUCACAUGCUCGAUGGACUAUCUGGGUUCUCUUAUCAGCUCUUGAAUAAGGCCUUUGAGCGGACCAGUGCUCAGAUUGAGACGAUGCUUUCAGCUGCUAACUCGCUUAUAGGUGUCUCUAAUUGA